AUGGCGUCCUUCCAGAAAGGCGCAAAUGGUCCAGCGCGCGGGCGGAAGGCGCGCUCGCAUACCAGCGGUCGCAACUCUUCGGUCGAAGAGAAGGAAUACAAGCGCAUCCAGCGCAUAGAGCAGGCGCCACAGAAGCUUGCAGCUGUGCGAGUGCCGCCCGUUCGAAACCGCAAUCAGUAUAUCUAUUAUGACGGCAAAGAUGCUGUUCAUGGCGUUCGGCGGGAGAUUGAGAAGCGUGGCGAGCUGUUAUACGAUAUUGAACUCGUCGACGGCACACACAAGCGGGUCACCUUCGACGAGCUCCUGGCCCUCGACAACGGCGCCGCUGCUUUCCAUACCUUCCAACAAAACGACGACGGAAUUGCGAGCCCGGGCAACGCAGAUACCGACAUGCGCGACUCACGGUUGCGGAGACAGGUCACAAAGCCCAAGAACGACGGCUUCAUCAGUGUUCAAGGACUCGACCUAUCGUCUGAUGAUGAGGUCUCCUCGCGACCGCCUCGCCAGAAGCGGCUCAGCAACUUGAAGGGCCUUGAUAGGAGCAGCGGCAGAAGCAGUAGGGCUACACGCCGAAGUACUACCCGCGAUUCUUCUUCUAGUGAGAGUGACGCAAGUAAUACGAAACGUCGCCGGAGGCGCAAGCUGGUCUCAAAGCCUACGCGCCGCUCUGGCCAGAGCCAUGCAGCUGCGCGAGCGUACGAUGAGGACGAGGAGGGUGACGAUGACGAACAUGACGACUCCGACGAUUCAAGCAUCGACAUCCUACAAUCACAUCUCGCAUCUCAUAAGCGAAAGCGCGGACGCCCUUCCAAGGCACCGAGACCGGAGAAGAUUCUUCGCAUAGGCAUGCGACAGUCUGGUCGAGCCACUCGUGCGCAGAACAACAUGGAAGAAGCCAACAUCGACGACAUCUAUAGAUCAGAUUCAGAUGAGCCCAAGGCUGCGACGGUCAAGAUCGUCAACGCAAAGGAGACGUUCGAAACCCUUCCCCGCAAUAACCUUUUCAGGUCUCGUCACGUAGAAGGAUGCGAGGUGUGCUCUAACGGUCCCAAUGUCGCGCCCCUCAUAUACUGCCAAGGCUGCUCUUUGGCGUACCACAAGAAUUGCAUUGGAACCCGCUCUACUCGUGAGCAUCUUGUUACAAAAAUCAGUGACGAUGUUUACGUGCUACAAUGCCGACGAUGUAUCAAUGUAUAUAAGAUGAAGGAUCGCACUGCUCCCGAUCUUGCUGUCUGUACAGAUUGCCGUCAUGCUGGUCCAGCCUGCAAGCCGUUCCGCCAUCGCAAGACCACGGUGCAAGAACAGAAAGAUCGAGAUGAGAACGACGGCUUGGAUCCCGUCACCGAUGUCCCUUCCAACCUCAUCAACAAUGCUUCCAAUGUCAUGUUUCGCUGUACACGCUGCUCGCGUUCCUGGCAUUACCAUCACUUGCCAGCUCUCACGCCUUAUUCCAGCGAUCUUGCACGGGACGAAGACGAGACUGCCGACGAGCGAUUUGCAGAGUACUCCAAGUCUUGGAUGUGCAAGGAGUGCAACGACACUAUAGAACGAAAGGUCGGAGGUUUCGUUGCUUGGCGACCGUCAGAUGUGGAAACAUACCAUCCUGGAACUCCGUGCGAAGAGGUGAACGAAGAUGAGAAACAGUACCUCAUCAAAUGGGACGGUGAGUCGUAUUUUCAAGCGACAUGGUUCUCUGGUGCUUGGACCUGGGGUGUCACAGCCGCCGCCAUGCGAAAAGCGUUCUUCAAGCGGGAGGAAGGCCCCAAGAUGCGAACUGAAGACGCAAUCCCCGAGGAAUACCUCCGCAUCGAUAUCGUUCUUGAUAUCAAGUUUACUAGCUACGUUGAAGUCCGGAGCGAGGAAAUCGAUAAGGCUCGUAUCAAAGAGGUGGACAAGGCACUCAUCAAGUACAAAGGUCUCGGGUACGAGGACGCUGUGUGGGAAAAAGUUCCGACCCCCGAGGAUGGCGACCGAUGGCUAGACUUCGUUACUGCCUACAAUGAUUGGGUCGCUGGUCGGUAUAUCCGCUACCCGAAACAAGGUCCGCUGAAAGCUCGCCUAGAGAAGGCUCGUAAUGGGACGUUCGCCAAAUUGGAGAAGCAGAAGCAACCGGGUUGUCUCGUUGGCGGAGAACUCAUGAAAUACCAGCUGGAAGGGCUAAAUUGGCUUUACUACCAGUGGUUCAUGAAGAAGAAUGGCAUUCUUGCGGAUGAAAUGGGUCUCGGCAAGACGAUCCAGGUAAUUGCAUUCAUGGCGACACUCAUCGAGGAGCAUCAGUGCUUUCCGUUCCUCGUUGUGGUACCAAAUUCUACAUGUGCAAAUUGGCGUCGAGAAAUCAAGCAGUGGGUGCCAUCGUUACGCGUGGUGACCUAUUUCGGUUCUUCAGCUGCUCGCGAAAUGGCGAAAAAUCAUGAGAUGUUUCCUGAGGGCUCCAAAGAUCUUCGGGCACAUAUUGUUGUAACCUCUUAUGAGACGGCCACUGAUGACAGCUCUCGACGGGUCUUCAAGAGUGUUAGUUGGGCGGGCCUCAUCAUUGACGAAGGGCAGCGUCUCAAGAACGACAAGAGCCAGCUUUACGGUGCUCUCACCGCAAUUAGAGCACCCUUUCGGCUGCUUUUGACCGGCACCCCUCUUCAGAACAACGCCAGGGAACUGUUCAACCUUCUCCAGUUCCUUGACGAGACCAUCAACGCCGCGGAGCUUGAGGAGAAAUACGCAGAUAUGACUGCAGAGAACGUCCGAGAAUUGCAUGAGCAGAUCCGUCCGUACAUUCUUCGCCGCACGAAAGCGCAGGUCCUCACGUUCCUACCUCCGUUGGGCCAAGUCAUCAUACCCAUCUCAAUGAGUGUGCUGCAAAAGAACGUGUACAAGUCUAUUCUAGCAAGGAAUCCUGAACUCCUCAAAGCUUUAUUCACGACUGGUAACCUGAAAUCCCAGGAACGAGCGAAUCUCAGCAACAUCCUGAUGCAGCUUCGAAAGUGCUUAUGCCAUCCAUUCGUGUACAGUCGCGAAAUCGAGGAGCGCACUGACAUUGCUGCAAUGUCGCACCGCAACCUGGUCGAAGCGUCGGCCAAACUUCAGCUUCUUGAGCUUCUGUUGCCGAAGCUCAAAGAACGUGGCCACCGGGUUCUUAUCUUCAGCCAAUUCCUAGACAUGCUCAGCAUCAUUGAGGACUUCCUGGAUGGGAUGCAGAUGGCAUAUCAGCGCCUCGAUGGCACAAUGGGCUCCCUGGAGAAGCAGAAACGCAUCGAUCAGUUCAAUGCACCAGAGUCAUCACUCUUUGCCUUCCUGCUUUCAACGCGGGCUGGCGGUGUCGGUAUCAAUUUGGCAACAGCGGAUACAGUUAUUAUUCUUGACCCAGAUUUCAACCCCCAUCAGGACCUCCAAGCUAUCUCACGAGCACACCGAAUCGGUCAAAAGAAGAAGGUUCUGUGUUUCCAGCUCAUGACACGAGCGAGUGUCGAGGAGAAGAUCGUCCAGAUGGGCCGGAAGAAGAUGGCCCUUGAUCAUGUCGUGGUCGAGCAACUAGGCGAAGAGGACAUUGAUGACAAGGACGUGGAAUCCAUCUUGAAGUUUGGAGCAGCUGAGCUGUUCAAAGACGACACUGCCGACCACGAUAUCCGCUACGACGACGCGUCAAUAGACAAGCUCUUGGAUCGCAGUCAAAUCGAGAAUACAAAGACAAGCGGUGACGAUUCGGCUGAGUCUCAGUUCAGUUUUGCUCGCGUUUGGGCAAAUGACCAAGGUACCCUCCAGGAGAACCUGGACACCGCGGACGAUGAGGUCGCUCCUCCUGACUCCGGGGUAUGGGACAAGAUUUUGAAAGAGCGCCGAGAGCUUGCGGCCGCUGAAGCGCUAGCAAGGGCUGAAGCUCUAGGCCGAGGAAAGCGCACUAGAAUGGCCGUCAACUACGAGACUGAGGAGGCGAGAAAAGCAGCCGAAGGCAGUGACAACGAGAGCCUCCUCGGUUCGGCUGUCAAGCCCGAUAAGGUUGACAAGCGUUUGAAAAAGAAGAAAGAUCAGUCUGAAGAGGAUACUGACUUCCAGGCUGACACCGAAGACGAGCACUCUGAAGACCAAGCCAGUGCCAAUGAAGAGGGUCAAGCUGAAGCGGCUGAUCUUGGAGAUGACACUGCUCGCCGACGAAGCACGAGCGCUCCACUUAACCAGUCGCUGUACAAGCAAAACAGCGCAGGUGGGUCCCAAAUUUCUUCAAAGUCUACUCCAAAGUCCAGCCCCAAGAAGUCUACCCCCAAAUCCAAGUCCAACAGCAAAGCCAAAGAUCGCGGCACCUUUCCUGCCAUCACGCUGUCUCCUGGCAGCGUUGUGAAAGGCAAGACUGGCGCGCGCCGACUCUCAAAGCCAAAACCUAUUCGCGAUGAGGACAAGUAUGGAACGGUCACCGUCGCGAAAGCCCCCCGGCCACCUCCAGAAGUUGUCGAUCUCACUCGAGGAGACACCAUCCGAUUAGGACCUCUAUUUCAAGUACCGGGACUACGACCAUUCCAAACUAACAUCCGUCCGCCAGUGAAACCUUUCGAACGCGUCCAGAUGCCCAUCCGCUCUCCGCAAGAGGCUGGCUACAGCGUAUUCCCUCUUAUCACUUGCCCCGCCUGCCACAAACAGCACCCGCGGGGUGCUUGCGAACUCAAAGUCUCUGGCGUGGAGCACUGUGGUCUCUGUGGUCUUGCUCACUACGGCAUCGGCCGCACAUGUCCACAUAUCAAAUCCGAGACUCAGGUCCGCGAGAUGCUGGAAGCGCUGAAGCGCUCACCUGAGAAGAAAGAGCUGGUCGAGCUCGCGGUCAAAUAUCUGCGUGGCGUGAAAGGUACACUUGUUCAGGGAAAAAAGAAAGAGAGGGAGAAGGCAAUGAUGCAGGCUGGCGGAAUGCCGCCGGCGAAUCGUGGCCCAACAAAUCUUGAUCGUCCACCAGCAGUAGUGUACGAUCCGGGGCAAGCGCAGCACGUGCAGGGUCCGCGUCCCGGCUUCCAAGCCAUGAAUGGGGCACCACAGUCAUAUCCUGUAUCCCGGCCUGGCCCGGGUAGUGUGGCCAGUCACGGCCCAGGCCAAGCACCGCAGGUGAAUGGCUCGUCCGGGCCGCUUCGGGGCGGUACUCUGCAGGGGCGGUGGGGCCAGCAGGGUCUGCCUCAGGAUGCUGCGCCUAUCGACGAUCAGCAUGUAGAGAGUGCGCUGCUGGGCCAGGACAAUUAG